UGAACCUUUUCCCUUCUUCCUUUCCUAUCCAGCUACAUCUACAUCCACCACCGGGACAAGCCAUCUUGUAAAGUGUGCAGAGAAGGAGAAAACUUUCUGUGUGAAUGGAGGCGAGUGCUUCAUGGUGAAAGACCUUUCAAAUCCCUCAAGAUACUUGUGCAAGUGCCAACCUGGAUUCACUGGAGCAAGAUGUACUGAGAAUGUGCCCAUGAAAGUCCAAAACCAAGAAAAAGCGGAGGAGCUCUACCAGAAGAGAGUGGUGACAAUAACUGGCAUCUGCAUCGCCCUGCUGGUGGUCGGCAUCAUGUGUGUGGUGGCCUACUGCAAAACCAAGAAACAGCGGAAAAAGCUUCACGACCGGCUUCGGCAGAGUCUCCGGUCUGAACGAAACAACAUGGUGAACAUAGCCAACGGGCCUCACCAUCCCAACCCACCCCCCGAGAACGUUCAGCUGGUGAAUCAAUACGUAUCCAAAAACGUCAUCUCCAGUGAACAUAUUGUUGAGAGAGAAGUGGAGACAUCUUUUUCCACCAGUCAUUAUACCUCAACAGCUCAUCACUCCACUACUGUCACUCAGACUCCUAGUCACAGCUGGAGCAAUGGACACACAGAAAGCAUCAUUUCAGAAAGCCACUCUGUAAUCAUGAUGUCUUCAGUAGAAAACAGUAGGCACAGCAGCCCAGCUGGGGGCCCAAGAGGACGUCUUAAUGGCUUGGGAGGCCCUCGCGAAUGUAACAGCUUCCUCAGGCAUGCCAGAGAAACCCCUGACUCCUACCGAGACUCUCCUCAUAGUGAAAGGUAUGUGUCAGCCAUGACCACCCCGGCUCGUAUGUCACCUGUAGAUUUCCACACGCCAAGCUCCCCCAAAUCGCCCCCUUCGGAAACGUCUCCACCCGCAUCCAGCAUGACGGUGUCUAUGCCAUCCAUGGCAGUCAGUCCCUUCGUGGAAGAAGAGAGACCUCUGCUUCUUGUGACGCCACCAAGGCUGCGGGAGAAGUAUGACCAGCAUCCUCAGCAAUUCAACUCCUUCCAUCACAACCCCGCGCAUGACAGUACCAGCCUCCCCCCUAGCCCCUUGAGGAUAGUGGAGGAUGAGGAGUACGAAACGACCCAAGAGUAUGAGCCAGUUCAAGAGCCUGUUAAGAAACUCGCCAACAGCCGGCGGGCCAAAAGAACCAAGCCCAAUGGCCACAUUGCCAACAGGUUGGAAAUGGACAGUAACACAAGCUCUGAGAGCAGUAACUCAGAGAGUGAAACAGAAGAUGAAAGAGUAGGUGAAGAUACACCUUUCCUGGGCAUACAGAACCCCCUGGUAGCCAGUCUUGAGGCAGCACCUGCCUUCCGCCUCACUGACAGCAGGACUAACCCAGCAGGCCGCUUCUCCACCCAGGAAGAAUUACAGGCCAGGCUGUCUAGUGUGAUUGCUAACCAAGACCCUAUCGCUGUAUAAAACCUAAAUAAACACAUAGAUUCACCUGUAAAACUUUAUUUUAUAUAAUAAAGUAUUCCACCUUAAAUUAAACAAUUUAUUUUAUUUUAGCAGUUCUGCAAAUAGAAACAGGAAUAAAAACUUUUAUAAAUUAAAUAUAUGUAUGUAAAAAUG